AUGUCUGCUGACGACGAAGACUUCCUCACUCCUCGUGGCCUGCUCGUCCAGGGCAGUUUUGUCUGUGAUGGGCCCUCGUUCAAGGACUUCUCGGCAGCCGUCGACGCAAGCCUUGAGUUGCCAUACACUCAAGAUCGCUUUGAAGGCUGGAGUGGACUAUCAUCGAUGGGAUGGAAUGCUCUUAUCAGCGAAUUGCAUCCGAUUCUCGACAUCUGCUAUACUGAUGUGCAAUCCACUGUCGAGCUCGGGACUUAUUUCAGAGAAGUAGGCACUGUCUGUGACAAAAUCCUGGAUACUGCAUCCACAGCGCAGACUGAUUACGAUGCCUUAUUUCAAGGCUUAAAUGACCUUACAAACGAUCCUGACAACGAACAACUGCGGGCCAAAGUGAAACAAUUAACAGCUGAUCGUCUGGAGGGUGUGACGACACUGGAGAAAAAGACAAACGAUACCUUCGGGGGGCUGAAGGAGGGCACGGACGCAGUGAAAGAUUGCGAAGAUCAACUCAAAGCCAUUGUCGAUGGUUUCAAUGACUCGCAGAUGGAGAACGAACUCCGCGAGUAUGAUUCGGAAGACUAUCUAGAACAAGAUCUCGCCGCACUGGAGUACAUCAAGGUCAGUGCCGUCCGUGUUGUCAUAACAGACCUCACGGCCAUCGCUGAAUCGAUUGAGAAGCUCACCGUGCCUGCGAACGCGAUCAUCCUCGGGCAUGAAAAGGCGAAAAUCAUCAGAAAGUGGGAGGAUCUCAAGACAGAGGUCCAAAAUUUCAAGGAUAAAUACCUCUCCUGA